GUUACAGUUUUGCUUCUAACUUGAAUUCUUUUGUUUGCGCAAUUUUGCGACCUCACCAAACAUCUCUCUUUCUCUCUCUUAUCAACGGUGCCAUUAUUAUUAACGAUAUUCAAUUUCAUGAUUGAGAAUCCUAAUUUGCCUGACCUAACUCCGUUCAAUAGAAGUUGAAGACGCGAUUAACAAACGCGCUUCGAUUUCAUGUCUGGUUUAUCCGAUGAGGAGAUCUCGAAUGCUGAUCGUCACGGUUCCCAUGGAGGAGGUAGUGACGGCGACGAUGACAAUGACGACGAUUCCGAAAUCGGAAAGACGGAACGCAGAAGAACGGGUAGUGGUUUUGGAAAGGAAAUCGAGAAGGCGAAAAAGGCGGUGCAGCAUCAGUUCUCAAAAGCGAAGAAGAAACUACGCAGAAUUAGAGGCAAAAAGCCUCUUCUUCCAUCACAGUCUUCGAAUGCAAGAACAAAGGGUUCAGGAUGGAAAUCUUUUUCUUUUGAUUGUGUAGCAGUCCUUACCAUUUGCAUGUUGACUUAAGAAAAAAAAAGCGAGGUUUGUAAGGUUUUGUGCUAGUGAUAUAGCGGCUUCUGCACCAAACCUCAGUUCAAGAUACAAAUUACCCUGGUCAAGCAGUUAAGUUAUUCUGUUGUUAGAGGUGUGAUCUUCUUAUUGUUUCCGAACUUGAUGGUGGAAACCAUGGGAGGUACACCUUCGUCCUUGAUGAGACUUAUAUCUCUGACCUAUAGCCAAGCUAGAGAUUCUUUUAAAAUGACAUUUUUAUAUUUAAAUUUGAAAGCAUUUUGAAG